AUGAACACUCCCAAAGUCAACAUACUCUACUCUCCGGGACAAGCGGCGCACCUAAGCCGUGCCCUGAUAUCAACUUGCCACACCAGGCCUCUCCUGCUCGGUGGUCUUCAAGUGGUCACUUCUUUGCAUCCAACACAGGCAAACCUCCCCCCAUUACGACCUCGAACCUUCACGACAACAAGCGUUGCCCGACUGAAGGACUUCUUCCCAGCCAAAGAGACCGCGUACAUCCGGCAGACACCGCCUGCGUGGCCUCAUCAUGGAUGGACUGAGAAGGAGAUGACAUCGGUGGUUCCCGAGCACCGAAAACCCGAGACCGUGGGCGACUGGCUCGCAUGGAAACUCGUGCGCAUCUGUCGAUGGGGCACCGAUAUAGCGACCGGCAUACGUCCAGAACAGCAACUAGUCCGCUUCAUCUUCCUCGAAUCCAUCGCCGGCGUCCCCGGCAUGGUAGCCGGUAUGCUCCGACACCUGCACUCUCUCCGACGCCUCAAGAGGGACAACGGCUGGAUCGAGACCCUCCUCGAAGAGUCCUACAAUGAGCGCAUGCACCUGCUCACCUUCAUGAAGAUGUGCGAACCAGGUUUGCUCAUGAAGACGCUCAUCCUGGGAGCGCAGGGCGUCUUCUUCAACGCCAUGUUCCUCAGCUACCUGAUCUCGCCUAAAAUCACCCACCGGUUCGUCGGCUACCUCGAGGAAGAAGCCGUGCACACCUACACGCGGUGUAUCAACGAGAUAGAGGAGGGCCAUCUGCCCAAGUGGCGUGAUGAACGCUUUCAGAUCCCGGAGAUGGCGGUUAGGUAUUGGCGCAUGCCGGAGGGGAAGAGGACGAUGAAGGACCUAAUUUAUUAUGUGAGGGCGGACGAGGCGGUGCAUAGGGGUGUGAAUCAUACGCUGAGCAAUCUGGAUCAGAAGGAGGAUCCGAAUCCGUUUGUGAGCGAGUAUAAGGAUGGCGAGGGCGGGAGGAGACCGGUUAACCCAGCCUUGAAGGGGACGGGGUUUGAGAGGGCGGAGGUCAUUGGUUGA